AUGUUGGAAGCAUCUGGAGGUAGGGCUGAGAUUAUAGUGGGUUCGUGGGCAUCUGAUCCUAGUGAUGGUGGAAUUAACAUAUCAUUGAGUUGUCUCAACUCAACGAUUCAAGUGUCCAUAGUUUUUGGUAAAUCACAAGCACCAAUUCUACAGUUCUUUAAACCCAGCCCCGAGGUGGCAGCGGAGGGAAGGGAUAAGGACAGAUCCAGAUCGGAACCACUGGUAGGCUCAACUAAAGAUCCCGAAGCUCCAAGCUCUCUCCAUUGUUCAGUUGAAGGUCAAUCACAACUAUAA